CAGGAUUUCUUUCUGAGGCUUUUCUUUGGAAGGAAUAGUGUAUCCAUUAGGACUGUAUUCAAUUGCUUGUAACUGUUCAAUUGCUUGUAACAAAACCUGACCGAGAGUGCGUAAAACGAGUAAGGGAAUUAUUCUUCUCAUGUCUUAAGCGCCGCUCCUCCUUUUUCUGGUGUGUUGCUCUGUGGCCACAAAACGGCUGCACCCCCUCCAACUUCACAACCACCUCACAGCCGGAGGGAAACAGGAGGAAUGCUGUGACCACUGCGCAACGGUCCUAAACAGUAAACUCCGCAGGCCUCGCUAGGAGACUUCCUCCUACAUCUCAUUGGCCAGAGUUGAGCCACGUGACUGCUCCGCAAGGCCCUCUGGGAAGAUGAGCACUUUUUGCUCCACUUACUGCCUCCCUGACCGAACUCUGCGUGCUCUUAGGAAAAUAGGAGAAAUGGGUAUUAAGAAGGCAGUGAGCAAUGACUGCCCCAUGAAGAAUAUCGGACAGAACAAGGAUGUUGGGGGAGGAACAGCGACCUCAGAAGUGCUGCUGGAUCUAGUGGAUUCCAGGGGCUCUGGGCAACUCUGUUGACGAGUUUUCGUGCAAGAGAGGCAAGGAAAUGUUCUGAGCAGCCUUGGGUUCAGCUUCAAUUCUGUUAUUACGGAAGGAGAGAAUAGAUAUUGGGGAGCAACCAAGGGCUCUGCCUCAGUCCCGCCACAGGCCCCUGAGACAGGGUUCCCCUUGGGAAGGGGUCUGAUGUGCACAGUCGUGUGCUCCGGAAUUUCUAGACAGGAGGGGUCUGGGGCAGUUACUCAGGCUUUGGGGGAUGGAGGGAGAGCAGUAGGCACUCGAGGAUACUUGGGGAUGCUGGGAGCGUCUGAAGACAAAUUCGGUCUCCUGGAUUGGCUGGAAAGUGCCAGUAAGAGUGCGGCUAGCCCCUCAAAGUCACCUCUUCCCAGCCCUGUCAGUAGCAAGUCUUCAUUUUCCUCUUGGAUGAAUAAUAACCCUACCUUGUAGGGUUGGUGCGAGCUUAGUUUGACGUGAUGCUUGUCCACCUCCUGUUUUUUUUUUUUUGUUUUUGUUUUUGUUUUUUCACCUCCUGUUUUAUAUACACUCCAUAGACGGCGGCUGUUAUUUUUGAGAGGAACAUAAUCUGGCCCCCUCACGCUCGCUGCUCGACCACAGCUCACAUCCUCUCCUUCUCAGCUAUGCUGAGUCACAUGCCUUUUCUCUAUCAGAACGUGCACACCCUGCCCAGCUUUCUGCUUCUGGCUUUGCUCACGGUGACAUCUCGGCUGAAACACUUCACAUCCUGGAGAAUCCUACAGUCCUUUACUACACCAGCUCACCUCCAGGAAUUCUCUGGGGAAGUCCUCAGUUCCAGUAGCUUCGCACACUUAAACUUCUGCCAAGGCUCGGUUCUUAUUGCACCCUCUGGCGGGCGUUUACUAGAUUCCUCGUAGAGCCAGUCCAGGCUUUCUGAGGGGUUAAAAAAAGGCCCAGGCCACUCCCCUUGUUCGAGGUUCUGCAUGAAAAGGAGGAGGAAAUUGUGCCACAUUUUAAAUGUUUAGACGACUGGGAACUUGUAGGUGUUCAACAAAUGCUUGUUGAAUAAAUACAAUAUUUUAGCAACGUUUAUAAAAAAAAAAGAAUGCAAUGUAAUUGUGCUAUUUGCAAAUGUGCUAUUUGCAGUUUAUAUAAAACUGUGAAUUCAUAGUGCACUGCAGGCUUUGCUUAGUGGCAUGCAUAUUUCAGGUUCUGUCACCCUGCGUGUACCUUCAUUUGGAGACAACUGCCAAUGGCCCUGCCCACCCUACUGGGGAUGUAGAUUCUCCUUGGGUUGGGGCUGGGGCUGGGGCUUCAACGCCUGGUACACGGCAGGGGGUGUCACUAAGCGGCGAGUGGCUGCAGCUCUCCCCUUUCUCUACCCCUCUCCCAAGGAUCCGGGGUGGCGGCUUCCAUCGUUUGUCGCCGCCCCACCGGCAGGCGGCGCCCCUCCGGCCAGCCUCCCGGCGGGGUCGCGACGGGGCGUGCGUGUUCAAAGUCGGCCCCCCGCGGACGCCCGCGCUUCCUGGCGCCAGGCGGCUAGCCGGCCGCAGCUGGGGCUUCGGGGCCGGACUCGCUGCCCCCGCCCUCCUCCUUUGAGCGCUCGGGGCGGAGCCGGGCGGGCGCGCGGGGCUCCCGCCCCUCUCUCGGCGGUCACCUGGGGCCGGGCGCAGCAGGUGUCUGGUCUGGCACCCAGCGCCGGGAACGCGGAGAGCACGCCGGAAACCGCUGCACUUCGGGUGGCCCUGGGAGGCGGCGGCUGGGUCGAACCCCGGAAUUCCGGAGGCGACCGCCAGGACCUAGCCCGCGGAGGAAGGUCCUGCGAGGAAACCGGCUCGCUCCGCCCCACCUUUUGCAAAAGACUCGGAGUUGAAUCAUUGGGAAUUUGCCAACUAGGGAUCAGCGCGGCUGCCGAGAGAAUCACGGGGAAGAGGGAACCUGCGGUUUAAACACUGUUGAAGAGACGUGACACAGCAGUGCAGUCCGUCUGCGAACGUUGGUUGGAUCCUGAUUCGAAGGGGAGAAGUUCAUGAAACAUUGAGCCAAUAAAAGAAAUGUGUACUGGUCA